AGUAAACCAAGUUCCCUGAGAAUGGAAGCAGGGCAACAGCAACACCAUUCAUGGAAACUGAAUGUUCAUGCCAAGGCCAAGAACUUCAAUUUCAAAUUGGUAGCUUCCAAUUUCUUACCCAAUUCCAAGUGUUUCCCAUUCUCUCUCAAAUUCAAGUACUGCAGAUUCUUCAUCCAUCUCAAUUCUCAAACAUUCAUCUCUCCGAAUCCCCAGAAACCUAAAUCUUUCAAAUCAAAACUCCAUCGAUUCCUUCAGAGACUCCGCCGACAACGUAAGAACAACAGAGUCACCAGUUCCAAACCAAAGAACAAGGCAACCAUUUCUCAGAGUUCAGUGGUGUUAGGGAAUCUACUCCUUUUCAUUCAAUCAAUAUAUCAAGGGGAUAAAGAUGGAAUCUUUAUACUUGGUUCUAUUGUUAUUAUUUGCUUUGCUUCCUUAUUUAAAAAAAUCAUGGCAAGAAAAGCUUGGAUUUUGUUGGUUUUCGUAACUGGUGCCCUAGUUUUUUUCUCGAAUGUGAUGCAUCUCAGAUUCAGAAGCCAGUUUGAUCAUCAGCACUAUCUGUUCGGAUUCUUUUGGAGGGCUUUCAAAAAUAUUGCCUCCUCUGCCUGUUUUUAUAUACUAUCUCAGGUGCUUACUGCUAUAUCUAGACUAAUAUGACUUUUCUAGGGCCAAAGUCUAUGUUGAAUGUGCUAUAUCUGAUUGUUCUGUUGGAAAUUUCAGUGUCAAAUUGUCCUCUUUAUUAGUAUACCUUUGUUGGAAAUUUCAAACUCAAAUUGUUCUUCUGUUGCUUCAUUUGCUUUCUUUUCUAUCUUGAUAUUUUUUCUGUCAUAUUUUGCUUGCAAUCCUGCUUUGAUU